UUUUUUUUUUGGUUAAUGCAGUUCAUAACGCAGGUGUUUUUAAUGCAGCUGGAACAGUGCUACUGCCGGAGAGGAUCCAAAUCCCAAUUCUCCGAAAGUUAAAGGUCAGUUGAAGGGGUUGAACAGUCCGGCAAAGGAUCGUCGUCACCAUCCUCUAAUCGCCCGAAAAAGCAAAAUCCCACAAUUAUCGUAAUGGAAUUAGCUGACAAGGCCGUUGGGUUUCUGUUAUCCGUUGUCAGCCUAUCCAUAUUCACUUAUUAUACUUUUUGGGUCAUCAUCCUGCCAUUUGUUGACGAUCACUUUAUCCACAAGUACUUUCUUCCCCAAGAAUUUACCAUUCUCAUUCCUGUACUUGCUGGUGUGGCAAUUCUCUGCUUCUUGUCUGUCUUUGUUGGGUUUGUGAUGCUCAAGUCCAAAAAGAAGAAGGCAUAUGACAUCAGUUUUUAAUUGAUUUUGACUAGUAAGUGUACGGCGUUUAGCAACCUGGCUUCUUGUAGUUUUAAGAUGAGAGCAGCUCCAGAAUGUGUGUGUGCAUUGAGUCUUCUCAAAUUGUUUUUUUUUCAAUUGUCCUAGUUACUUUGAGGUACAAGUGACUUUGACUGUUGCGUAUUAUGAUUUGUGAUAGCAUAUCACUCUUACUUCCCGGUGAAAGUUAUCUGAUUAGUUGAACAUGCAGGUUCAGGAUCAGAAUUAGAGUGCUGUGUGGUUUUCUACUUUUUGUUUUUGUUUUUUGGUAUAGUAUGGCUUUCUGCUUUGAACUAGGACAGCCCUUCCCGAUUAGUUUUGACAAGGAAUAACUUUGAUGAGAUUUUGGAGCAUAGAUAUAAUCAAAUAAUUGAUUUGAGUAA